AUGGGUGUUAGCACGGAAAAGUCGUUGCGUCGCUGGCGGAGUUGGCUGACGAAGAACAUGCUGCUGCUGAUGACGCUGGCCGGGAUAGUCGGAGGAGUGAUAGUCGGAGGAGUGCUCCGCUCGGCCGAACCGUCUCCGGAAGUCAUCCGAUACGUCGGAUUCCCCGGCGAGCUCUUCAUGAACAUGCUCAAAGCGAUGGUCCUUCCGCUGAUCGCGGCCAGUAUCGUCUCAGGUAAGAAUUGCAUUAAAACUAUCAAGAAGUACCCAAUCCUCACACGUUCAGGCCUCUCCCAACUGGACGGCAAAACGUCGGGGCGUCUGGGCUCUCGGGCGGUGAUGUACUACGUGCUGACGACGACGCACGCAGUCAUCCUCGGAAUCAUCGUCGUCUCGAUCAUUCAUCCCGGAGAUCCGGCCAUCAAACAGGGAAUGGGACUCGAGGAGGGCGCGGCUGCCGACGUCUCCGCCGCCCAGAAGUUCCUCGACCUCUUCAGGUUCGUUUCCAGACCCCUGUUGGUGAUAAUCCUAUCGUUUUGUUCCAGAAAUGCAUUCCCGGAGAACAUAAUGCGAGCGACGUUCUCCCAAGUGCAAACCGCCUACGUGAACCAGACGACCAAGCACGGAGCAGUUCUAAAAGUACCAAAAACGGAGUAUGUCAACGGGAUGAACGUGUUGGGUAUGAAAGUACAGUAACCCCCGAUUCAAUCCAAAUGUGCUCCAGGCAUAAUAGUGUUCUGCAUCGUGAUGGGUCUCGUCAUCUCGCGACUCGGCGAGGAAGCGAAGCCCCUUGCGAAUCUGUUCCACGCGCUCGACCUAGUCAUCACCCGGAUGGUGAUGAUCAUCAUGUGGCUCGGCCCGAUCGGCAUCCCGUCGCUCAUUGCCCAGAAGAUGCUGGAGGUGUCUGACCUGGCGGAGACGGCCCGCAUGCUCGGCCUCUUCAUGUUCACCGUCAUCGUGGGCCUCGCCAUCCAGGCCUUCGUCACUCUCCCACUGAUCUUCUUCCUCGGCACCCGUCACAACCCGUACCGUUUCUUGCGCGGCCUCGGACAGGCGGUGCUGACGGCCCUCGGCACUUCCUCGAGUGCCGCCAGUCUGCCGGUCACCUUCCGUUGCCUCAACAAACUCGGCGUCGAUCCGAGAGUGACCAAGUUCGUGUUGCCCGUCGGCGCGAUGGUCAACAUGGACGGGACGGCGCUCUACGAAGCGACCGCCUCCAUCUUCAUCGCCCAAAUGAACGGCCUGGACCUGUCGGUCGGACAGAUCGUCACCGUCUCCAUCACUGCCACGUUGGCCUCCAUCGGCGCCGCCUCGAUUCCUUCCGCCGGACUCGUCACCAUGCUCAUCGUGCUCACCGCACUCGGACUCCCCGCCACCGACAUUUCGCUCAUUAUCGCCGUCGACUGGUUCCUGUGAGUUGAUCGAAAACCUUUAUCUUUAAAGAGAAUCGCGAAAAGUGACCGACCUUGUUCCGUCGAAAUUUUCAUUUCCGUUUUGGUGGUCAAGAGGCUGAAGGUCAAUUUGAUCAGAAGACCUUCAAUUUUAGAGUCCUCCUCCACUUUUUUCAUCAAAAGUUGGCCGUGUUCAGAGACCGCCUGCGCACGAGCGUCAACGUGAUCGGCGACGCGUUGGGAUGCGGAUUUGUGCACUACAUUUGUGCGGAUCAUCUGAAUGCCGACGUGGCGGAGGCGGAAAAGAACCAGCAACACGUGGAGGCUCAUGCAAGUGAACUUUUGCAAGGACUACGAAUAGUUAUUUCAUUUCCAGGGCGUCAAUUUUGACGAGCUCGAAAAAGAGUGCGCACAGGAGAACAACAACGACGGAAGAGGUGUGGAGCACGUGUGA